AGAUAUUGUUAUGCAACAGCUGAUUCCUUGAAAGUGUUGGAUAAAUGGACCAAAAAUCCAGACUUUAUGUCAUUUUUUCCAAUCGUGUCACUUUGAUUACCUUCCUUUAAAUUGCUUAAUUCGCUUCUUCUUCUUCUUCUUCUUCUGCGGCAAGCAAAACAGAGAAUCAACUUCACUUAAGACUAGAGAAAGAAGAUGAUGAAGAUGACAUGGAAAAAUCAGAGCGAAAAGAAACCUAAUAAUAAGAGACCCAUUACCCCUCUUUCCCAAAACCUCCCUUUCGAAGUUGAAAAUCCUACUCACGAUUUCACUGUCGAAGCCGUGUCGGAGAGUAACUUAAUUUCUCAUACUAAUGGAGAUGAUGAUACAAUAAAGCUUGUGGAAUCCUUUCAAGAACUAGGAAAUAAGCUUGCUGAGGAUGGGAAAUAUCGUGAAGCACUUGGGAAGUGGGAAGCUGCAAUACUUUUGAUGCCAGAUCGUGCAAUUCUGCAUGAACAGAAGGCUCAAAUUUUGCUUGAACUUGGAGAAACAUGGAAUGCGCUAAAAGCUGCUACUCGUGCAACUGGAUUGGAACCAAGCUGGGCUGAGGCGUGGAUCACCCUUGGUAGAGCACAGCUGAAUUAUGGUGAGCCUGACAGUGCUAUCGAAAGCUUAGACAAAGCACUAGCCAUCAAGCCGGAUUCUGCUGAGGUGCGUAAUGACCGACAAGCGGCCUUGCAUCAUAUUCAGAGGAGAAAACAGUUACAGACAUCAGGUUUGAGCAUGAACCAAAACCGUUUUGCUGUAGUAGACAAAUCUGAGAGCGGUUGAAGGUUUGAAAAUGUAGCGGUAAAACACUGGAGGCUAGGGAACAUGUACUGCUUCCAUAAUGAUGGGCUUGACCCGCACAUAUGACUUCGAGUCAUUGUUGCUUAAAAUACUGGUGCAGCAACAGCAAGAAUUUUCUGUGUGCGCUUCUCAGCGAGGAGAGAAGUCAGAAGCUUGUUUACAAAGAUAAAACUCGAUGCCCCCCACUGAAAUGUAUACCUUCACUACAGAUGUGCUGCUAUGUAGUCUUUUGACCUCUAAUCUAGAGUUACUUCGUUGUUCUGUUUUUAGUAAAAAGAAUUCAGAUUAGUAACUUUCUGUUGAGCAAAUCAAACUGACAUUAUUACAUUUACAAGUGCAUUUCAAAGAUCCUUGCCACUGGAGGAGUUUGUUUUAGAAUGGUGAUGGUUCAUUAACUGUACCUUUGUUCUUUUUUGA